UCAGUUCACCAUGAAGACCUUGAUUUUAAUUAGUGCAGUUCUAGCCACGACAUGGGCUGACCGACCACGCUAUGGAGGUUCAGGAGGAUGCGGUCCAGGACAAGUGUUCCAUGCUGGCAGAUGUGUUACUCCACGCGUGAGACGCAACGCACCACCCGCACCUCCAGUUCCCCACGGUCCUCCACCAUACAUCCCUGAUCCAACCAUUGACACGAAUAUCGUGUUCAUCCAAACACCUGAACAAGGUCCAGGACCAGAACCUAUCGUCAUACCUCCACCACAGACGCGAAGCGUUGUCUAUGUCCUUAACAAACAGACACAAGAGCAACAGGAUGUGAUCGAAGUCCCAGCACCUCCAGCAACCAGUCCUGAGGUUUACUUCGUGAACUACGCUGACGGCGAGAACCCAGUUCUUCCAAGCGGCGUUGAUCUUCGGAGCGCCUUGAAUGCAGCUUCCCAAGGGGGCGGUCAAGUGAUUGGAGGAGCCGGCUCCGGCGGUAGUGGAGGAAGUGGUGGUUUCGUAAGCAGCAGCGGGGUUGGUGGUGGUUUUGGAGGCAGUGGAGUUGGAGGUGGAUUUGGAGGCAGUGGAGGAAGUGGUGGUUUCGGAGGCAGUGGAGUUGGUGGUGGAUUUGGAGGCAGUGGAGGAAGCGGUGGUUUUGGAAAUAGUGGAAGUGGUGGUUGAUUUGGAGGCGGUGUUAUCAGCGGAGGAUUCGGAGGCGGUGGAGAUAGUGGGGAAAUUAUCGUCAGUGGAGGUGGCGGUGGGUCCAUCAUUGGAGGCUCCCUUUCGAGUGGUUACUCUACACCAUAAUAACUUGUUAAGAUUUUGUUGUUUAAUAAAUAUUGUAAAAUAAUUACAUUUGAAGCUUUAUUUUGUAAAGAGUUUUUAUUCUAAUAAAAAUAUA